AAAGGGAUCGAUCCUAGGAAAAUAGGCAUACUGGCUUCUUAAUUGAUUUCUCUGACCUGCUUUCCUUUCUUUUCUGCACCGCAGGCGGUUAUUUCGCCUUUAGGUUUUUUAUUUCUUAAGGAAGCCCAUCGUCCGAUAUCACGCCCGCCAAUCCGAACGACGUAUGAUAUCCAUAUCCACCAAGACGUCCACGUCUCCCACGUCUCCCACGUCGUGCCUGAGCAUCCGUCAACAGCUCUACUAGGAAGCCUUUCGUUCCCUCGUCUAUCGUCCAUCCCUAUCGUUCACCCCCUCUCAGCUUCGAACCUCCGAACCCGCCAUUUGCUUGUGAUAGCGCACCCUUGAACAGUAAACCGUUUUCAACAUGGUAGCCGCAGUCCGACGAAGAAAAAUGAUCGGCCACCGCCGUCGGGUAGAAGAUGAAGGUGAAGAAGAUGGAGGUCUCGAUCAGCUCGAUAUCGACGAUGACUCUUUGACCGAUGGGUCUCUGGCUUCCGAGGACCCCGAUCCAGCCGACGACAGCGAUACUAGUAACGUUGAUGAGGCCUCACCAACCACACCUGCUGCUCCGAAGUUGACUAGUCAAGUGGCCAAUGGUAAUGGCAACGUGAAAAGGGCACAAUCCAAGUCUUCCGGCAGCCCGCCAACCAAGAACCCCAGAAAGCCCACUCAAAAUGCUGUGUCUGACACCGCAUUUAUGCUGAAUAACCUGAGCAUCGAGAGCGGAGCUACCCCAGUUCAGGUACUGAGCUUUGACGAAUCUACCGAGCCUCCAUCCAGGUCGUCGGCCCCUAUAGUGGUCAGCUCCAAUUCCGCCACCACAGCCACUGACCAUCCGCACGACGCACCCGUUGAUCGACGACGAAAGGAGCAUGAAGAAUACAGGCGCAAGCGAGACGAGGACCCGUCUUUUGUUCCCAACCGGGGAUCAUUCUUCAUGCAUGAUCACAGGCACGCCGGUCCGUCUGCCAACGGCUUUCGUCCUUUCGGUAGAGGCCCCCGAGGGAGAGGUCGUGGCGGUAUCGGCGGCCCUUUUGCUCCUAUUAAUCAUCAAAUGCAUAGUCCGGCUGACCCCACGACCAAUGGACCAUGGGCCCAUGACAUGCACGAGAUAGUUGCACAUCCUAUACACGUUCGACAACCGCGGCCCUCAUUUACCGAUGACGGCCCACCAAACGGCGAUGGUUUCAUUCCUACCUGUCCUCCAAGCUCCACACCGAUCAACCGGACGAUGGCUACGGAGAAGCACGUUGGCAAUGUGCAGAUCAGAGUCUUUUUCCCAGGAGUCAAGGAGCCUAUUAUCUUUUCAGGCAUACAAGUACGACAAUAUACGAAGUUGCCGGACCAUCGACCACCAUUGAGACGUGACAAGCCAGUCCGCAUCUCCUUGCCCGAUUUCCCGCCCCGGUACAUUUUCCCAGCUACCGAUAGGUCAUUUAUCUUUAUUCCUAGAGCCAUGCGUCCGAACCAGCGAUUACGGGGAAAGCCAAGAUCUGGUCUGGGAUCUAUUGGAGGUUUCUCUAGGAGAACUAGUGUCUUUGGCGGAAGUGUGUAUGCAGGUAGUGCGUACACUCCGAGCGUUGCUCUGAGCCGGCGCUCUUCUAUUGCCCCUGACUUAGGCAGGGACUAUCUCGUGUCUCCGACUGGCUCUACCAUGUCGAGACCGCCUUUACCUUACGAUGCUUCUCGACCCGUUGUUAGGCUCCCCCCACAGGCUCGAGCUGAGCAACAACUUCCCGCUGUCGACGGUGCACCGGCAGAGGGCGCUGGUGCUGGACAGCCCAAUAUGAACGACCCCGCAGCGCAUAUGCAGCAUCCUGUCCAGAAGCCGAUCUUCCAGGAGAACCGGCCAGUCCCUCUCCCUAUGCAUCAGCCUCGGCCUCAGAAGGCGGUCUCGGUAGCCGGCAUCGAAUCGCCUGAGAUGCAUCAAAACCCGUCCCAGCCGUACCAACAAGCUUUCCAUCAGCAGGUCCCUGUUCAGGUUUCGACUAGCCUGGGUCAAGAAUCGCAUGUUCGCCACCCCUCGUAUCCGUCUCAACAUUCAACUGGCACGCCUCUCUCUCAAAUCCCAGAGCGCGCUAUCCAUGCUGCACCUUUCCAGCCGAAUCAGUUCACCCAGCAGAAUUAUUAUCAGCCAUACCAGAUGAUGCAACCACAGCAGGGCUAUUACUAUCCUUCAGCUCCCUACCCUGGCUCGCUACCUUCGUCAGCUGGCGCACCGACCUUCAUGCCGGGGACACAACAAGGCCAGCCUCAAAGCGAGACCCCUACUAGCCAGCCAAAUGGUCAGGGUAACCCCAGUUCGAACUUGGUCGCUCAGGAAGUCAAUGGCAUGGUCUACUACUACGAUGCGUCUCAGUUGCCACCUAUGGCUACAUAUCCCUAUCCAGCACCGCAAGGCUACCCGAUGCCUGGUGGCGUGGUUGGCAUGAAUGGUAUGGUCACCCCGAGUCCAGAUGGCUAUUACUACCCCCCAUCAGGGCCUGGCGUUGUCUAUUAUCCGCAGUGAUCUAAUUCCACAUGGGCUAUUGACGUCUUGGCUUUAAUCAUCUAGUUAGAGAUGGUAGGGUACUUGGAUAUGCGCCUCCCACUUCAACGGGAUUGGGCAUAUUCUGUAUCGUCGUUUAGGGCAUCGGUCUAGCUACGAGUCUUGGGGCUCUCCUUUUGCUUCACCCCCUUGGAUUACCACUGGCAAUGUACAAGAACAUCCAUUAUCCUCAUUCCUACGGUACUAUAGCAUCUUUACGAGAGCUGUUCCC